CAUGCGCCCACGAUAAGGAGCCAGAAUAUGAAUAUAGCUCUGCGAACUUCUUCAAACCUUCGUCUCACGAGAAUCGAGUGACUUCGAUUCGCCCGAGUCCGCAUGAUACUUGUGGUCCCGAAGCGCGCUUCAAACCAUGGCAGAACCUCCACCAGCUCUGCAAGCUGAACAGCGUCAACAAUCGUCCUCGAGAUCACCCACAGGCUCACCCCCAGCCACAGAACAAUCGAACUUCCAGCAGACACAAGCAGAGAUCGUCGCACAUCAAGCAGAAACCAUAAUCGAAGCAGGGGAUGACUCGGAGGAUCCUGGCUACGAAACAGAGGCAGACUCUCGCUUCUCGACUUCAAUAUCUUCCUCUGUGCGGGACUACGCAUUCGAACAUGGCAGACGAUAUCAUAAAUUCAGAGAAGGGAGAUACAAAUUUCCCAACGAUGAGAGCGAACAAGAGAGAGAGGAUAUGAAACAUGCGAUGGUGGUUAGCCUUUGUGGUGGGAAGCUGCACUACGCACCUUUGAACAACCCACAGAAUAUAAUUGAUAUUGGCACUGGAACGGGAAUAUGGGCCAUUGAUGCUGGCGACGAAUAUCCUAGCGCGCAGGUUUUGGGUAUCGAUCUGAGUCCUAUACAGCCGACAUGGAUUCCACCCAAUGUCAAGUUUAUGGUCGAUGAUGCAGAAAGCCCAUGGCUACAUCCUCCAAACGCGUUUGACUUUGUGCACAUUCGACACAUGAACUCGUCCAUAAAGAACUGGCCUAAACUUCUCACAACAGCCUACAAUCAUAUUCAACCAGGCGGCUGGAUCGAGCUCCAAGAGUUACAGUUCGUCCUCAAAUGCGACGAUGGUACUAUGAAGGACGAUUACGACGUGGAAAAGUUCUUGAGAUUUGUCAAAGAAGGACUCGCGGUAUUCGGUGUCGACUUACUAGCUGUUACUGGCAAUGCGCAACGGCUUCGUGAUGCAGGGUUCGUAAACGUGGAGGAGAAAGUGUUCAAGAUCCCGCUUGGGACAUGGCCGAAGAAUAAGACGAUGAAAAUGAUAGGGCUAUAUCUGAGGAGUGUGAUCUACGACGGACUUCAAGGAAUUGCUUUGGGUCCAUUCACAAAAGGUCUGAAGUGGUCACCAGAAGAUGUUGAGUUGUUUUUGGUGGGUGUCAGAAAAAGCUUGAUGGACGCCAGCGUGCAUUCCUUUCUACCAUUCCAUGUGGCGUAUGGUCAGAAGCCUACGGAGUCUUGAGAUUAUCACUGAUGGGGUCAAUAUCAUUGUUUCUAGACACAUACACUACCUCAAUGGAGGAGCUCAUCAUGAGAAGUCCGUCCUCUCUCUGUUUGAUCGAUAUAAACUAAGGAGCUUCGCCGCAAACCAGAUUUAAUCGCGAGGUUUUCCACCGCUUCCGCCUAUUUUCAUAAAAAUAGGAAAGGCGUAAUUUCUUAGAAGAGCGCAUGGUUAGAGAGAAAUAAAAAAAUAAAAAAUAUGGUUUCGC